GUGUGUCUGUCUCUGUGUGUCUGUGUGUGUCCGUGUCUCUGUCUCUGUGUGUCUGAGUGUGUCCGUGUCUCUGUCUCUGUGUGUCUGUGUGUGUCCGUGUGUCUGUCCCUGUGUGUCUGAGUGUGUCCGUGUGUCUGUCUCUGUGUGUCUGUGAGCACACACAGGGUGCCCGAGGGCCCCCCCGGGGUGGGUGGAUGUUUGUGGAGCCGCCCUGGGGUGUGGCAGCCCCGGCAGCGCCUUUAAAAGCGGGGCUGAGCUGGGGAGAUCUUGGAGAGAGGCACCCACUGAGACCCACCAGGACACCCACCAGGACACCCUGCUGAGCCUCAGAACCCACAGCCCUGCUCAGUCUCUCCACAGCCAUGAAGGUGUCGCUGUGCCUCGCUCUCAUCCUCGCCCUGGCAGUGGCCUCCUGCCUGUGCCGGCCAGCAGCAGAGGCCCCAGGAGCCAUGGGGGACCAGCACCCCUCCGGCCUGGCCCGGCGGGACUGGCCCCAGUACCUGUCCCAGGAGCAGCAGCACCUCUUGUCCCAGUUCCUGCCCCACGUCCUCACAGAGCUGAACAAGCACAAGGCCUUCGUGCAUGAGGACGAGGGGAUGGAGGCUUUGCACGACCACUACUACCCCGACUGGAUGGACUUCGGCCGCCGCAGCGCCGAGGACGAGGCCGGUGCUGCGUAGCUGCCGGGCUGGACUGGCCAUGCAGGGCACUGACACGCUCAGUGCACGUCCCUUCCCACAAUAAAACUCUGGCACU